AUGCCAAGUAUUUUAGAGUCUGACAAUUCUUUAAACGAUGAGGAAAAUAAUAAAACAUUAGAAAGAAGCGGAGACAUUAAUAUGAUUGAACCAAAUAAUAAUAUAAUGAAUGAUAAUAUUUAUAGGUUAGAUGAAAUUCAUUGUAGUAAUAAUAUAAACAAUGAAAAAGAAGUAGGAAAUAUAUAUUGUGAUGUUGAAAAAAAAGGUGAUAUUAAAUAUAUAAAUAGAAUAUCUAAUAAAAAUGAAAAUAUAGAAGAAAAGAGUAAUGUUUUAAAAGAUACAGACAUAGAUGUGCCAUAUUAUUAUAAUAACAAUUCAAAUAAUGGUACUCAUCACUGUGAUAAUGAAAAUUAUGAGGAAGAUAAUGAUUAUAUAAAUAAUAAUGAAACACGUAAGAAUGGUAAUGAUAGUGAUAUUGAUUAUGGUAGUAAUUUCUCCUAUACUAAUCCUGAUAAAAAUUGUAAUAGAAGUAAUUCCUUUACAUCUAAUAUAGAUAAAGAAUCAAAUGAUAAUAAUGUAAACAAAAAAUCUCAACAUGUAAUUUGUUUAAAUGUACAGAACAAAGAUCAUAAUAAUAAUAAUAAUUUGAAAGAAAAGGAAUAUCCUUUCUUUGGUACUAUUGAAAAGAAUGAUGAGAAUGUAUCUAAUAAGAAAAAAAUUUCAGCACAUGAAAAUAUUUCGAUAUAUGAAAAUGGUUCCGGUUGUAUGAAUAUAUUAAUUGGAAAAAAUGAACAUUCUAAGGAGAAUAAGGAAAAUGAAAAAAAUGAAACGAAUGAAAAAAAUGCAACGAAUGAAACGAAUGAAAAGAAUGAAAAAAAUGAAACGAAUGAAACGAAUGAAACGAAUCAAACGAAUCAAACGAAUCAAACGAAUCAAACGAAUCAAACGAAUCAAACGAAUCAAACGAAUGAAACAAAUCAAACGAAUGAUAUAGUUAAUUUCGAUUCAAAUAAAAAUAAACCUUUAGAUGAAUAUAACCAUUCAAACAUUGGGGAUUGUACAUCUGUUUUUAAAAAUGAGAUAAAUGGAAAUUAUAAUUUGGAACAAAAUAUGGAUAGUAUAAAUAAUGUGAAUGGUGUGGCUAUUUUGGAUGCUGAAGAUAUGAAUAUUUCAAAGGAUUAUGAUAAUAUGAAUAUAUUACAAAAUUAUAAUAUGAUGAAUAAUGAUAUAUCUUUUGAGAAAAAUUUAGGAGAAAAGAUGAAUGAUAAAGAUGAUAAAAAUAGUUAUUUGGAGGAUAUUAAUAAUAAGGAUAAUGUUAAUAAUAAUGAUAAUAUUAUUAAUAAUGAUAAUAUAAAUAAUAAUGAUAAUAUUAAUAAUAAUGAUAAUAUUAAUAAUAAUGAUAAUAUUAAUAAUAAUGAUAAUAUAAAUAAUAAUAUUAAUAAUAAUAAUAAUAAUAAUAAUAAUGAUGAUGAUGAAAUAUAUAAACCGGGUGACGACGAAAAUUCAAAUAAGAUGUAUGAAACCCAGUUUAAUGAUUCCAAAAUUAAGAGCAAGAUAUCAUAUAAUGAUAAUGUUGAUAAAUUAGAUUCUUAUAACUUAAAAGAUUUUUUUAUAGAUAAUAAUAAUUACAAUAUGAAAGAAGAAAAAUAUUCGAAAGAAAGUAUAAACAAUAUAAAUUCAGAUGAAAAAAUGAAUGAAAGAAAUUUUAUAAAUGACAAAACAAAUAAAAUAAAUAAUAGUAAUUGUAACAAUAAUAAGGAUAGUGAUUCUAAUUAUAUAAAUCUUAUUAAUAAUGGGAAUAUAUUAAUAGAUCAAGAAAAUUAUCCUAACGAUAAUACAAAAAUAGAUGAAUUAUUGAAAAAUAUAGCUAAUGGAAAUGAUGCAUAUGUAAAAGCACAUGAAUAUAAAAGAAUAGAUUUACUAAAUACAAAUUAUAAAAGAAGUAUUAUGAAUAAUAUAAAUAAUAACAUCAACAAUAAUAAUAAUAAUAAUGAUAAUAACCUGAAUGAUCCUUUUUUUAACUAUCAACAUAUGAAUUACGCAAAUAAUAAUAACGAUCCUUCCUACAUAUAUUUGAAUAAAGAUAAUAUGAUAUUUGAUAAUAUAAAUAAAUAUAAUGUCUCAAGUAAUCCAGAUUAUCUCAUUAAAGAUAACGAAAUGAUUAAUUUUAACCAGAUGAGUUAUAUUAACAAAAAUAUUAAAGAAGAAAAUAUGAACCAUUUUAAUGAGGGAGAUUUUUAUUUUGAUAAAGGGAAAAUGGGAAGUACUAUGGGAAAUAUAGAAAAUAUGACGAACUUGGAAUUUAUGGAAUAUAAUAAUAUAAUGAGUAGCAACAAUAAAAAUAAUAAUACUAAUAAGAAGAGACGAUCUAAAAAGAAGGAUAGUGUUGUUAAAGAGGACAUUAAAACGGAAAAUAAAUUAUAUGAAAUGAAAGAUGGAAAUACAAAUAGAAAAAGGAGAAAUAGUUAUAUGGGUGAUGAAAAAAGAAAAGAAAGAAAAUCAAUUAUAUAUGAUAAUAAAAUGGUGGAAAAGAAUAAUAAUGAUAAUGAUAAUAAUAAUAAUAAUAAUAUUAAUAUGGAUAAUAAUUUUAUACAUACUAAUUAUGAAUAUAUAAAGAACAACAACAAUAAUAAUAAUAUGUAUAUACCUACCAAUUUAAAUAAUAUGAAUUAUAAAAAUUAUACAAAUUAUACAAAUGAUAUAGAUAACAUUUCAUAUAUGAAUGAAUCUUUAAGUAAUAAUGAUCAACAUUACAAUAUGCAUAAUUUAAUAAAUACUAAUGGUGAUAAUUUUUAUGCUAUGAAUAAUCAUGCAAAUAAUAUAAUUAUGAAUAAUAUGAAUAUAGGGUUUUUAAAAAAUAAUAUAAAUGAUGAUAAAGCUAUGGAACAAAGUGAAGCAUAUCUUAAUAAUAUUAGUCAAGCAUAUGAUAGUCAUAAUAAUAAUAAUGAUAAUAAUAACAACAACAAUAAUAACAACAACAAUAAUAACAACAAUAAUAAUAACAACAACAAUAAUAACAACAACAGUGAUAAUAAUAAUAAUAGUAGUAGUAAUAAUAAUACGACAAAUGAUAGUACUACUACUAAUAAUAAUACUAAUUCUAGUACAUAUAAUGGUACACAGAAUAACACCAAUCUUAGUAAUAAUAAUAAUAGUAAUAACAGCAAUAAUUCAUUUAAUAUGAGUAGUUUUUUUAGUAAAGGAGCUAACAGUAAUGACAGCCAACGAAAUUAUAAUUUUAGCGAAAUGAAUAAUAUAAAUGAAAGCUCAGAUUAUGCUAACUUAUCAAAAAAUACAGAAUAUGAUGUAUAUGAUGAAUAUGUUAAUUUAGGAGAUCAAAAAAAUGAUGAUAUGUCUGAUGACUCAAAUUCAUGUGAUGAUAAAGGAAAUGAUAAAAAUGGUGAUAGUAUCGAUUCGACUGAUAAAAAAAAAGGAUCAAAAUGUGAUAGUGAAACCUUAUUACCAAUAGCUAACAUUAGUAGAAUUAUGAAAAGAAUUUUACCUGGGUCGGCAAAAGUAGCUAAAGAGAGUAAGGAUAUUAUUAGGGAGUGCGUCACUGAAUUUAUUCAGUUCCUAACAAGCGAGGCUAGUGACAGGUGUACGAGAGAAAAAAGGAAAACCAUAAAUGGGGAGGACAUUUUAUAUUCUAUGGAAAAAUUAGGCUUUAAUGAUUACAUAGAACCAUUAACCGAAUAUCUGAAUAAGUGGAAACAAUUGAAGGAAUUAAAUAACUCCAAUAAUUACCAUGAAAAAAAGUUUGAUAAUAUAAAAAAAACAGAAGAAUCAGGCGAUUUAAAUAAUAAUAAUAAUUCAGUUGAAAAUAAGAAUUUAGAUGAAAAUGCAUAUGCUGAAGAAAAUUAUCCUAUAAUGAAUAAUGUUUAUAAUGAUCAGAAUGAGAUAUUCGAGAGUAAUAUAAAAAAUAUUUAUACGAAUUCAAAUGAUUGUGAUUAUGGUAAUGGGGUAUAA